UUUCAGACAGGAGCUCCCUUUAAUGAAUCCUUGUUUUCCUGACUGCAGCUCUCUUCAUUCUGCCAUUCUUUUCCAGCUCCAUGAUGAUCCUGCAGGUUUCAGGGGGGCCCUGGACAGUGGCUCUGACAGCAUUACUGAUGGUGCUGCUCAUAUCUGUGGUCCAGGCCGCGGCCACUCCAGGAUGCUCUUACUUUUCUGGUCCGAAUUUAUACCAACACCCUGAGAGGAAGGACUGCAAAGAACGGCAGGAAUGCUAUGCGUUCAGUGGGACUCAGCGCUUUGUGGACGGGCUCAUCUACAACCGGGAGGAAUACGUGCAUUUUGACAGCGCAGUGGGGGAGUUCCUGACAGUGAUGGAGCUGGGGCGGCCCAUGGCCGAGUGCUUGAACAGCCAGAAGGACUUUAUGGAACGCAAGCGAGCCGAGAUGGACACGCUGUGCAGACACAAGUACGAGCUGAUGGAGCCACUCAUCCGGCAGCGCCGAGGAGACGUAACCAUAACUGCUGUUAGGGGGUGUUGGACGACGAUUCUUUCUGACUACUUCCUGCUGAAAAGGGGCGUCGUGUUGGGGAGCUGCAGUUGGGGCUCCUCCUGAGGUUGAUCUAAGGCUUCUUGGAAGAAUGGCAUGUCCGUGUGUGGCUUUGUUUGCAGCACUAUUUGAAGUUUGAUUGCUUCUAGAAGAAAAGAGAUAAAUUUUACAUGAAGGUUUAAAAUAUAGGGUUACCAUAUGAGUAUUAAGAUUACCACCUACAGACCACAACUAUGACAGUAGAGUUUGAUCCGUGUUAGUUACACCAACGUAUUGUAAUACUGGCUUGUCUCCACUAGAUGUCGCUGUAUAUUACUAGAAACGUUAAUAUAAAAGCAACACUUCCUUUGAGAAAAACAUGUAUUUCCCCCUCGACUUGCUAUUAGGUCAUAAUUUUAGGUUUAGGCCAUUCUUUAUAGCUUAUGAUAUGAUUGGGAGGAAAACGUUAUUGGGUGGCUAAAAUAACUUUGGUGUUAAUCUUGGCAAUUCCUUUCUCUUAAUUAUUAAGUUCCUUAAUUAUUAAAUUAUUUCAUGACUUUCACAGACCCUUUUACUACAUACUCAACUUUCUGACUUGUCUUAAACAUCCUUCCUUUAAACAACCAGUUUUUAAACAACCAGUCAUUUCCUUUUAGGACAAGAAUUUACUAUACAAGAUCCUUUCUUAUAUAAAAUAUCUUUCUUUGUAACCUUCUUUCCAUAGCUUAGAGUGCACCAUAUUACCAAUCUUCAAUAAAAAGUCCUAUCAAACUUAGUGAUAGUAAAAUUUUCAUGCUUACUUCUUGUCUGUAACUAUUACUCCUGCUAUAAGCAAAACAAACUUGACCAAAUCCUUCCUGCAAUUAUUAAUUCCGUC